AUGACAGCUCAAGUCCCAGUCGCGACAUGGCAGCCUGGUCUCAAGGAUCAUCAUGAGCAUGCUUUGGAGAAGGAGGCGGGCUCUUCCGAAGUGAGCUUGAAGGAGACGCCAACGGGUGUUGAUCCGCUGUCUGCAAUUCCGGAUCCUGAUGAAGGUGCUACGGAUGAGGAAAGGGCGGCUUUGGACAAGAAGUUGAUGCGAAAAGUCGACGCCUGGCUCAUCCCAUGGCUCUGUCUCCUCUACCUGCUCUCCUUCCUUGACCGUACAAACAUCGGAAAUGCACGUCUCGCCGGCAUGGAAGACGACCUGGGCAUGGGAGGACACGACUAUAACAACACCUUGACGAUCUUCUUCAUCUCCUACGCCUUGGCCGAGCCUGUCACGAACGUUCUGCUGAAGAAGAUGACACCGCGAGUGUUCUUCACCGCUAUCAUUCUGCUCUGGGGUUUGAUCAUGACGAUGAUGGGCCUGGUGACCAACUACGGCGGCCUCCUUGCCUGUCGUUUCAUCCUAGGUCUAGCUGAAGCCGGUCUGUUCCCCGGUGUCAACUACUACCUCUCCUGCUGGUACAAGAGAUCUGAGCUUGGUCUGCGUGCUGCGACCUUUUUCUCUGCAGCUGCACUGGCUGGCUCUUUCGGUGGUCUCCUCGCUGCUGCCAUUGCCAAAAUGGACGGUCUGGGUGGCAAGGAUGGUUGGGCAUGGAUUUUCAUCAUCGAAGGUUUGGCCACCAUGUUUGUCGGAGGCUUCUGCUGGUGGAUGGUCUUCAACUGGCCCGAUACCGCCGGCUUCCUCACCCCAGACGAGCGCCUUCGAGUACGCCGUCGUCUCGCAGCCGACAAUCAAUCAAGCACCGGUGAAGAGUACGACAAGCGCCACAUCAUCGCCGCUCUCAAGGACUGGAAGUGCUGGGGAUACGCACUGAUCUACAUGGGCAAUCUGUGUCCACUCUACGCCUUCUCCCUGUUCCUGCCAACCAUUCUCGCAGGCAUGGGCUACCAAGGUACUCGGGCUCAGCUCCUUUCCGUCCCACCAUACGCUGUGGCCGCAACCAUGACUAUUCUCGUCGGCUGGAUUGCAGACAAGACCAGACAGCGCGGUAUCUGCAACAUGGCUACUGUCACACUGUCGAUCGUUGGGUUCACUAUGCUCAUCGCGUCCCAAGACCCUCACAUCCAGUACGCUGGCACGUUUCUGGGAGCAGCAGGCAUCUAUCCAACAAUUCCGAACACCCUCACGUGGGCAUCGAACAAUAUCGAGGGCGUGUACAAGCGUGGUGUUAUUAUUGGUAUAGUUGUCGGCUGGGGAAACCUCAAUGGCGUAGUAUCCUCGAACAUCUACCUCAAGGGCGAGCGACCAAAGUACUACACUGGUCACGGUACCGUGUUGGCAUACCUAAUCGUAUGCCUCCUUGGUGGCACCAUCUUCAUGUACACCAUGUUGGCUCUCGAGAACCGUCGUCGCUUGUCUGGAAAGCGGGACAACAUGCACCAAGGCAUGACCGAGGAUGAGAAAUGGAUCGCGGGAGACAACAGACCAGACUUCAUUUAUACGUUAUAG